AGAGAGAUUUUAAGAAUGAAUAAAUUAAAGAGAAAAGUUGUAAGGUUCAAAAGCCGAACGAAGAAAGAAGAAAAAUGUCAGGUUGCUACAGAGUGUGUGUUACCGGAGGGUCAGGGCUAUGUAGCUGCUUCCCUCAUUAAAAAACUUCUUCAAAACGGCCAUAUCGUCCAUACAACUCUUCGAAACUUAGAUGAUGAAUCAAAGGUUGGGGUUUUAAAGAGCCUCCCAAAUGCAACCAAUAAUUUGGUGUUGUUUGAAGCCGAUAUUUACAAACCCCAUCAAUUUGAAGCUGCCAUUACAGGCACUAACUUUGUUUUCCAUAUCGCUACUCCUUUACACCACACUCAUGGAACUCAGUUUGGGAGCACCACAGAAGCAUCAGUUACAGCGACGAAGAUGAUAGCCAAAUUUUGCGCGGAAUCAGGAACGGUGAGGCGGUUGAUCUACACGGCCUCUGUGGUGUCGAUGUCGCCGAUGAAGGACGACGGGAGUGGUUUCAAGGAGUUGUUUGAUGAAAGCUGUUGGACGCCUCUUAAUCUUUCCUAUCCUUUCUCUGACUCAUUUGUAUUGGGAUACAUGGAAUCAAAGACGAUAACAGAAAAAGAGUUGCUUAAGUUUGGGGAGAGCGAGGAAUCGGAAAGGUUGGAAGUGGUUUCGUUGGUGUGCGGCGUCAUUGCUGGGGAGUCUCCUCAUCUUUCUCUUGCUCUAAGCACGCUAAGCACCAUGGCCGUAUUAUCUCAGUUCAUUGACGAUGGUAAACUCUUCAAAUACUGUAGAUUUCUUCAAGAAUUGGAUGGUAAAGUUCCACUCACACAUAUCAAUGAUGCUCGUGAUGCCCUCAUUUUCUGUAUGGAACAAAGCUCAAUCGAUGGCAGAUUCUUGUGUGCUAGUUCCUUCUUGUCUUCUUCAGAUAUUGCCAAUUACUACCGUCUUCACCAUCCUCAAUUGAAACAAAAACACGGGGUAUCCGAGGAAGAAGUUCCCCACAGAAACAUCAAAAUGAACUCCAAUAAGCUUAUUGAGAGAGGUUUCACAUAUAAAUAUGAUGGUGAUAUGAUACUUGAGGAUGCUUUCCGUUGCUGCAAAAACCAAAAUUUUCUAUAUUAAUUAUUCCUAUUUCUUCUUUAUUCAUAUUUCUUCUUCUAUCUCUCAAGAGAUGUGUGAGAUUUCUUGUAUUAUCCCAAACAGUUAAAACAAAAGACAAAAAACAAAUAACAAAUACCGACAUAAUGGGUAGGCCAAGGUGUACGUGGCGCAGUUUCAUUUAUUGUCCUUUCGAAAUUGGUCAUUGAAAGAAAACUCAUCUUCACCGAUACCAAUACCGUCAAUGAAACCAAAUCUAUUUUUACUAAUGAUAGAUUUUGAUAGAAUCCAUCAA